GCCUGGAGCUUGCUCUGUAGAUCAGGCUGGCCUUGAAGUCAGAUCCGCCUGCCUCUGCCUCCUGAGUGCUGGGACUAAAGGUGUGUACCACCACACUGGACCAGACCAUUAUUUCUGCCUAUGAGUUCUCUGCCUCUGAAUUCUGUAACUCAGUCUUCGUGAGUCAUUUUGAAACAUGUACCUUUACAAAUAUUUUAAAUAGUGUGGGAAAUAGAAUGUGUACUCUGGGAGGUAAUAUUAGCAGUUAAGAUCAGAGAGCUGGGAAGAUGGCUCUGGGGAAAGUCUUACUGUGCGAGCGUGAGGACAUACAUACACAAGAUCAGAGUAGGAGAGGAGCUGGGGAGAUGGCUGGAUGGAUAAAAGGCUUGCACAGGUGGGAAGGCUGACAUUCAAACCCCUAGGACUCAAACAGCUGGAUGUGGCAGCAGAUGCUUGUCCUGGGGAGCAGAGAAAGGAUCCCCAGGGCAGCCAGUCUAGCCAAACCUGAGUUCCCAAGGUGGCCUGGCAACUUGCCACACAGUCCUGACAACCUGCAUUGAAUCCUUAGAACCACAGUGGAAGGAGAGAACUGACCUCUGAAAGUUAUUAAUUGCCCUCAUGUGCGCAUGUGCACGUGCAUGUGUACACACACACACACACACACACACACACACACACACAGAUGACUUUUUCAAAUGUGGUAGAGAAUGGUUGAGAAUUACACCAAAUACUAAUCCCCAGCACAUGUGCCACACACAAACACAUGCACAUACAUACAUUGCAAUCCUCAUCUAUAAAGAUUAGAAUAAAGAACCCUUUAAUCGGUGAUGAGCAGACUACCAAGUAAACUCAAGGUUACUUGACACUGUGCAGCCAACACCCUGCUAUGUUGUGCAGAGGCACAAAUGUGCUUGCCUCUGUUUGUGAAACACGGGCCCACAGCAUUAGCUGCACAUGUAAAGACUUAGCUCUUAGAGGAGACUGAGGCAGAAGGAUUAAGACUAGUCUGGGCUACAGAGUGAGACCCUGCCUGAAAAAAGCAGAACCUCAAGACAAAAGAGAUCUUGGGCGGAGGAGAUAGCUCAGUGACCGGCUUGUGCUUCCUAUGCACAAGACCCUGGUCUUGACCCCCAGCACUGCAAAAUAGGAUGGAAGGGGUUAAAUCUUUAGCUUUUAGGCCUGCUCCCUGUUCAGAUUAUCUGAGCCCUAACAUACCUCCUCACGUGUCUGCUGCUUUGUAUAAACCAGAGCCUGUCUGAUUUGUUUGCAGGUCGCACUGUUUUUCUCUUGCCCCAGUGUGUGGACACUACCACACGUCCUCCAGACCAGCAACGGCUCUUGCGUGUAUUUUCCAGUGUUUCUUUUGUCAGAGAGUCCGACAGAGCCAUAGCUCCUCCAGUGCUGGCCUGGAGCUGAGUGACGAGCGCCCAGCAGACAUGGUGAAAAUGACCAAGUCCAAAACUUUCCAGGCUUAUCUGCCACACUGUCACAGAACUUACAGCUGUAUCCACUGCAGAGCCCAUCUGGCCAAUCACGAUGAGCUCAUCUCUAAGUCCUUUCAGGGGAGUCAGGGGCGAGCCUACCUCUUCAACUCUGUGGUGAAUGUGGGCUGUGGCCCCGCUGAGGAGAGAGUCCUUCUAACUGGGCUGCAUGCAGUGGCCGACAUCUACUGUGAAAACUGCAAGACUACCCUCGGGUGGAAAUACGAACAUGCCUUUGAGAGCAGUCAGAAAUACAAAGAAGGAAAAUUUAUUAUUGAACUUGCCCACAUGAUCAAAGACAAUGGCUGGGAGUAGAGCGAAGCGGUCCACUCCUGUCCAAGUACUGUUAUGAAAGAUGAGUGUGACGAAGGCCUGGCUUCUGGGGACAAUACUUCUUGAACUUUGACCUCACGGGCCAGCCCAGUUCAACACUUGGAGGCCUCUCUCUAGGCUGUUUUCUGGGUAAGGUGUCCCCAUCUGAGCCCCCUUCAUGUACACUGUUGUUUCUGGAAGUUUGCAUUCUUUUUCUACCUUCUUCCAUUCUAGAGAAAGAAUUAACCAACUGAUGACUCACCUGCCUAGUUAAUAACUGUACGCCUUCACCAUAGUUUGGCUGUGUUUCCACCAAACCUAAGUCCCUAAAAGCACAGAAAAAGGGUCUCACACAAGCAAGACAUAGAGGCCACUUAAGAAUCUUCCAGAAAUAGUCAACAGAUUUACAUGUAAAGCAUAUGGCUUUAAAACUGAAGGCAGCCACUGGUAACAUGUUAGAGAAGCUAAAGAAGAAAGGCUCAGUGUGCUUUAUUUAAGCCAACAUCCCCAUUCCCUUGUGUAGAAAGCUUGUGACUAGUGGCUAAGCAUUCUGUCCCUAGGCCUACAGAAGGCUGCCACUGAGGUGACCCCCAAGUACUGCUACAGCACAGCAGCUCAUAUGUGGGGCUGGUCCCUGUCAUAGAGCAGCAAGCUGGGGUUCACUUUAUCCCCUGGAUGUACUUGAAAUACAAUUAGUCAUGCAUGGAAACUUGAGAACUUGAGAUUUUCUGUGAUAAAAGAAGAGUUAUCUUAGUGUGGGAGCCGCCUUUCCUUCCUGGGACCACCUCAUGACCUGACAGGGAGGGAUCUGGGCCAUCCCCCAGGCCCUACAUCUUACAGAUUUUAAGUCGCAACCUGAAAUCCUCCACGCAUCUACAAGGAGUGGCCAAUUAGCAGAAGAUGGAGGCCAGAACCAUUCCCAGAUAAGUUUUGUGUUUCAACUUUCUGUACUGAACACAGGGCAGAAGAGCAGAAAGGCGGCCUGGGAAGGCUAAGCACCUUAAGCUGGGAAGGCAGCAUGGCAGAAAAGUCGCAGCUGCUGCCUGGGGUAUGCUUAGUCCAAGAGCAGUUUCUAGUCCUUUGGACUCCCAACCCCAAACCUAAGCCCAGAUCCUCUGGCCAGCACAGGCACUUCUUCAUUUGGCUGCUCCAGCUCCCUGCUCACUCCAAAGCCUACAUUUUGGAGCCAUGUCUUUACCCAAGUGUGGAAGCCUGGUAGUACAAGAAAUGCCUAGGCAAUGUAAGACAUGUUUGCAUGGUCUAUGAGCCUCUAUGCCCAGUCCUGGCCGAAGCUGCUUUCUCCCCAACUAUGUCCUGGUUCCCUCUAGACUAACCCAAAGCAAGGUUACUCUACCCAGUAAGGUAACUUCUGAAGUCCAACAUAGGCAGCUAGUCUGUGUGAAACCUAGCAGGGCCCAUACUCCAUCCUUGUCUAGAAUGAACACUAGCCAACAGUCAACACCCUGGCUAAUUCUCAGUACUCUUGCAAGUGGGAACUUGGUAGCUGAGGCUUGAGAGACCAGAUGUCACCAUCAGGAGGAAAGGUGAGGGCACUCUGAAUAUAUAUAUAUAUAUCCCCAUGAAUGCUUCACUUAAAUUGAAGAACCCAGAGUCCUCCUGACCAGUUUUUGUAUAUACUAAGAUUAUAUCUACAGCUUUUUAUGUUCUGGGCAAGCUUUCUGCCCUUCUACUUGAGCACUUUGUAUUGUCUUUUGUGACAGCAUUGAUUGGAAAUUUUUUGCUAAUACUCUUUAUGACUUAUUUCGUAUUGGGGGGUAAUGGAUAUCAACAAAACUUUUAUGGAGUUUUUUGGAUUUUGUGUUGGCCUUCUGUGAUAUAUAAACUUUUUAAAUCAAAAGAACUGACCAUGAGCUGGCUUCAGGGGAAGUGAUGCAAAACCACAACCAGAUGUGCUGAUAAACUGUGAAACGAUCCCACCUUCUUCAGUUUCUACAGUAUCGUUCUGUGACUAUGUAGAAAUGUUUUCUUCAGAGCACUGGGAGGUGACUGACACCAGGUCACAAACGCCACCCCGCUUUAGAAAUGUGGGUUAUUUUGUUGCUGUCUUGUUAGCAUAGUCAUAGUAUUUUUAUAUUUAAUGCUUAUUCUUGAUGGCAUCAGUCGAGUAUUUGAAAAGCUCAGAAAUGAGAUUUUCUUUUUCUUUAAAAAAGUCCUUUAUUUUCUGAUGACCUCAUCGGGCAGUUUUCAAAAUCCAAGUGUCAUUACUGCCUAAAAAGCUACCAUUUAAGCUCUGUACAAGCGGUGGGAAUGCAGGCCCUGGCAGGGCCUGUUCUCUAUCCUGAAAGACAAGAGCGGAAGAGGAUGCAGCUGCCCUUGGGACAGGUAUAGGCUCUAGGUAAGGCUGACCGGACAGUGACCUGGAAGCAACUGGGAAUUCACCAUGAGUAGCAGGACCAACAAGCUCAAGCAUACAAAGCGUCCUUGGUCUCCCUGUCCCUGGCAAAGCUGUCGCCCUUGGUAGCUUGUCUGUGAGGAAUAGAAAUAAAGCUGCUGUUGUCAA